AUGAACGAGGCGGUUUACAAACUGGAAGAAAUGAAACUUCACGUUGAUCAGUCGUAUCUUAGCAAGACGACCGUUAAGUCCACAUCGAAAGAAGUACAUUGUGCGACGUCAUGCGACUUUAUAUCGAAAAUAAAUCUCAUGAAAAUGCUUAACGAAACUAUGUCGGAUGCACAGUAUAAACAGUGGUUAGUUUUAAUGAAGCGUUUAUCAGAACACCCAUUGUCGUAUUUGGUCGAAGAAUUUAUUCAGCGUUUUAAAGUCCCAAUAUGCGGUCCUACUUCAGAGAUUAAACUUCCCGAGCCAUUUCUAGACUCAGUAACAAACAGAAAAUGUGUCCAAGCAUUUGGUCAAAAGAAAAACUCGCUUGCUGAAGUAACACUAUACAUGCCUGGCACUGGUGACUUCACUGUAAACGGAGCACGACUUCUAGAAAUAUUUCCUGAGCUUGGAAAUCGAGAACAAAUAGUAUUCCCUUUACAGCAAACAAAUACUGUUGGUAAAGUAGAUAUAAUUGCUACAGUAAGCGGGGACGGUUCGAGCAGUUUAGCAAAUGCUCUUCGUUUGGCGAUAGCCAGGUGUUUGGCCUCAAUGCUUCCGAUAGAUCAGGGGAAAAAUAGACUAUUGGUAACUGGUUUAUUGUCUCAGGAUAACCGGUUUGCGGAACGUAAACAACCAGGUCAAAGAAAAGCACGCAAGAAGCCUAUUUGGAAGGCACGCUAA